UUUAUUCUUUCACGUUUCAUUCUGCUUUCUUAUGACGGCAAUAAAAUUACAGUUGCUCUUAGUUGAUAAUUAACCGAGCAGAAGCUAAUCAUUCUUAUUAUUCAACUGCAGUUAAUGUUAUAUUGCCUAGUUGGGAUAGUCACCUAAUCUGCGGAAAAUACGUUGUUGAGAAGAAAACUGUGUUAAAAAUUAUAGAUAAAUAAUAAUAAGAACAAGAAAAAAAUGGAGGAAUGUCGUACGCCUACCAUGCGGUGCUGUCACGAAUUUAAGUUUAAUAGUAGUCCUUUCAAUUCAUGCCUCCAGGAAGCACACAUUUUUAAUCAAAUGUGCUGUUCCACUCCUAAGCAUAUGGACAUGAACAAUUUUGAACUUCAGACAUCUAUGAUUAGCCCGUUGGAAGGGCUUAAUAAAUCAACAUUUUCACUCAGCCCAAAUUUUUCGCCGGUUGCAUCCACCAGCAAUAACUUGAGUCCAGAAUACGCCAGUCAUCACAGUUUGAUUAAAAGUAUUCUGAACAGUAAUAUAACGGUUCACUUGCUGCUUAAAUAUGUGGGCUUAGAAGCUUAUGCUGAUUAUUUUGAAGAAUGCGGUAUCGAUAUCAAUGAUUUCAUGAAAUUAAAGCGCCAUGAUUUACAGAAAUUUGGUAUCAUGCCAGAAGUUGAUUGCGAUCGAAUUGAAAAGUUUCUUGAAGAUUUGAAUUUUAGUGAAAAGGAGGAAAUUUAGGCUUUCGUAUGAGAAAAAGUUUUUAAAUAAAUUUUCCGUCAGAAUUGCGGUUUACGAAAAUUAUGGUUUUUUUUUCAUUUUUAGGUUAUGUGUUUAGUUAAUUCUGCAUGUAAAUAAUGUUGUGUUGUACAUUUUAAAAUUUUAGAAAUCACGCCAUACGGGUCGACCUGAAGUUAAAAAGAAUACAUCAGCACGCUUGCAACAUAUUUUUGAACGCAAAGCAAAUAAAUUAUAUUUGAAAGCAACCCAGACCUUGGAGCAAUCUACCGGUAUAUCUAUUAAAAAAGCAACGUCGCAUUCGGAUCAUUUGUCUUCUGAAGAGUUUGCUGAUGGCGACCAAGAACUGGAUAAAUAUCUGGUCAUGCUAUUGGGCUUGCAGCGGCUUUUGAAUUGGGAAAGAGCCCUUAUGCAAGAGAUUAUACCCAAUUCGAAGCAUGCUGACGUCUUCGCCAAGCUUGCCUAUAAGUCAAUCGAUAUGGUUGUCAAAGAUGCCGAAGCUAUUACUAAUCGUAUCAUGCUUUGUAUUUCUCGUAAAGAGUGGACAUCGGCUUUGGGUAUAUUUUCAGCAUUGAAAAGAGUAAUUUUAUUACAGCCAGAUAUCGACCGUACAUACGACGUUCAACAGAGGGAGCA